AAAUAUUUAUAUAUAUAAAAAAGGGAAACCGAAGAGAGAGGCAACUGGCAGUGAGGAAGAACAAGAGGUCAAGGAUCUGCAUCAAGACAUCAUUAACAGAAACCCCAGAAUUUAGCGCUGUCAAUCUGUCUAUCUCCAUCACCACUCCCUGAAACCUGGGAACAAUGAUGUCUUUCUGGGCUGUGACUUUCCAUUGCUGGGUUUUCUGUUCUUGAGACAAUGCUGAUUACAGUUAUAAUUGGAGCAGUGCUGAGAAUUGAUUCUCAAAAAUCAUGACUUUCAGCAAUUCCAAGCCUGUAAGAUCCCAAGAUGAUCUUGAAUCAGCCAAGUAUGGAGAUGCAAUGGCUAAGGUGAAGUACAAAAUUGAGGGGUCCCGAUUUGAGCCAAAGAGCGGGAAGUCAUCGAUAAAGGCUAAAGUACUAUCCCGGGUUUUCUCAGAAGACUAUGAAAGAGUGAAAAGGAAGAUAUUAGAUCCCCGUGGACCGACAAUCCGUAUAUGGAAUAAGAUCUUCUUAGUGGCUUGUUUGUUGUCUUUGUUUGUAGAUCCUCUCUUCUUUUACCUUCCUGUUGUUGGGGAAAACUUCUGCAUAGAUAUAGAAAUCAAGCUUGAAGUUGCACUUACCAUUAUAAGAUCAAUUGCUGAUAUCUUUUACAUCAUUCAAAUUUAUGUUCGGUUUCGGACUGCAUUUAUCGCUCCAUCUUCUCGAGUAUUUGGGAGAGGAGAGCUUGUUAUUGAUUCCUCAAAGAUAGCUUUAAGAUAUUUGCGCAGCGGUUUUUGGAUUGAUGCCAUUGCUGCAUUGCCUCUUCCUCAGGUUUUGAUAUGGGUCAUUAUUCCGACGCUGAGGGGGUCAAUGAUGGCAAACACCAAAAAUGUACUUAGGUCAUUCAUCAUCUUUCAGUACCUCCCCAGACUUUAUCUCAUAUUUCCAUUGUCGUCCCAAAUCGUGAAGGCUACUGGUGUUGUGACUGAAACGGCGUGGGCUGGUGCUGCUUACAACUUGAUGCUUUAUAUGCUGGCUAGCCAUAUAUUAGGAGCUUUCUGGUAUCUGUUAUCGAUCGAGAGACAGGAAGGGUGCUGGCACAAUGUCUGCAUUCUUGAGACCCCAUCGUGCCAAUAUGAUUAUUUUGACUGCAACAAGGUGAAGGACCUGAGAAGAAAUUCCUGGUUCGUGACAAGCAACAUAACGCAACAAUGCAGCGGCAGCCAGAGUGAUAACACUGGCUACCCGUUUGGUAUUUACGGAGAUGCCCUCACUGACUCCGUCACGUCGGCAAAGUUUUUCAACAAGUACUUCUAUUGUCUCUGGUGGGGCUUGAAAAACUUAAGUUCAUUGGGGCAAAAUCUUGCCACAAGCACUAGUGUUGGAGAAAUACUCUUUGCCAUCAUAAUUGCAACCUUGGGUCUUGUUCUAUUUGGCUUGCUCAUUGGAAAUAUGCAAACUUAUCUUCAAUCAACCACAGUUCGGUUAGAAGAAUGGAGAACGAGGAGAACAGACACCGAACGAUGGAUGCAUCACAGGCAGUUGCCGCUAGAGUUGAGGCAAUCUGUAAGAAAGUAUGAUCAGUAUAAAUGGCUUGCCACUAGAGGAGUCGACGAAGAUUCUUUGUUGAAAGGUCUUCCUCUUGAUCUUCGGCGCGAUAUUAAGCGCCACUUGUGUUACGACCUCGUUCGCCGGGUGCCCUUAUUUGAUGAGAUGGAUGGAAGGAUGAUGGACGCGAUAUGCGAGAGGCUGAACCCCGUGCUAUGCACCCAAGACACGUGCCUGAUGCGUGAGGGCGAUCCCGUCAACGAGAUGCUAUUUAUAAUCCGAGGGAACCUCGACUCCUACACCACCAACGGCGGCCGCACGGGUUUCUUCAACUCGUGCGGCAUCGGCCCCGGGGACUUCUGCGGGGAGGAGCUGCUGACGUGGGCCCUGGACCCACGUCCCAGCGUCAUCCUCCCGUCCUCCACCCGCACCGUGAGAGCGGUAUCGGAGGUGGAGGCGUUUGCGCUGGCGGCGGACGACUUGAAGUUCGUGGCGGGGCAGUUCCGGAGGCUCCACAGCAAGCAGCUGAGGCACAAGUUCAGGUUUUACUCCCACCAGUGGAGAAUGUGGGCGGCGACAUUCAUUCAGGCGGCUUGGCGGAGACAUAAGAAGCGGAAGAUGGCGGCCGAGAUCAGAGCAUUUCUGCAGGAGGAGGAGGAGGAGGAUGGUGGUGGAGAAAAGGUGGAAGAGGAGGAGGAGGAGAAUGGUCGGAAUCCGGGGUUAGGGGUGGCUGUUCAUGCGGCUAGAUUGGCGGCGGCGGCGGCGGCAAGCAGAAGGGCUCCACACAGGCAUAAAGAUUCAGGUUUGGCUAGGACAGUAACCUCACUGCAGAAGCCUGCUGAACCCGAUUUCUCUGUAGAUUUUGUUUGAUAAAAGUAAAUAGAGUAUAUAAAAGAAAUGGGAAAUAUCACAUUUGCGUUGCAUUUUCCUUCCGUUUGGAGUACACUACGUUUGUUUCAGAAAAAUUGCUGAAGAAAGAAAGGUUCUAAGCUAGUUAGUUCAAUUUUUUUUUUUUGAAAGGAACUAAUCCAUUAAAUUUAAGAAGAGGUAUAAUAAAAUUGAGAGGUGGACCAACCCAUUUCAUAACGCUCUCUAUAGAAUGAGUAGCUCAUGCCAAAGUGCGUGUUGCGGAGCGAUAAACAAAAUGAAAACUAUUGUCUCGU